GAGAAUCAGCCCGACAUCGUCCUCAUCACCCUCGACGACGUCGGCAGCAACGACCUCUGGGACUCGACGGAUCUCCCGGACGCCGUGGCGCCGAACAUCCGGAGCGUCGCGGCGAGCGGCGUGCGGCUCACGAACUACUACGGCCAGGCGUUCUGCAGCCCGGCGCGCGCGGCGCUCCUCAGCGGCAAGUUCACGCACCGCACGGGCUUCUCGCGCUUCGAGUCCCAGGGCAUCGAACUCGAUGCGUAUAGCAACUGGUCCGUGCCCCUGGGCGCGCCCCUGCUGCCCGAGGCGCUGAAGGCGCGAGGCUACGCGACGCACGGCAUCGGCAAG